CGUGGAGGAAGUCCGGAGAACGCAGGCGCAGACGCCGUAGGUGAUGUGAGGCUGGCGCCCGCCUCACGUCUGGGGUGAUGCCCUCCAGUGAGCCUCAUCCCCCGUACCACCUUCAGCACCACAACAUUCCUCCCUCGCAUCUACAGCAGCAUACGCCAAACGCAAUCGAGCAUCACUUCUUGCAGCUGGUGGCGGCCCAUCAUCAGCAACAUCUACAGCACCAACACGGCGGACCCUUCCAAAAUUCCACGUACACGCAGCAGAAGCAGGAGAUGAGCCCGGAGGAGGAGGGGGGCCGAGUGGGUGGGUCCCCCCCUGCGGCUGGGGCUGCACUCCAUCAGCCCCAUCAUCCCCGCACGGCUAGUCCACCUUCGGGCACAGAACCCUGCACCCGCGACGCGAUACCAACACCCACACCUAUCGCUGACACCACCACCACCACGACCACGGCUAUGACGAUGCAGUCGCAAAGUCAGCAACAACAGCAACAACAGGGUCCCAGCCCGAGCCCGAGUCCGACGGGCGGCGACGUGGAAAAAUUCGACGGUAAAAUCGUCUACAACCCUGACGGGUCGGCCUAUAUCAUCGAAGGCGAGAGCGAGCUCAGCGAGGACGACUCUCUGCCCGACGGUUGUAUUGUAGAUGGGCGCGGUGUAUCGGUUCCUCAUUCUUUAGUUUUCCCACAAAUUGCAAGUGCGUACUAUGUAUCGCGAUUGUACGCGCAUCAGGCAGCAACCUACCAGCAGCAACAGCAGCAGCAACAACAGCGCUCGGCGACCCAACAGCACAAUCCUGAUCUUCCCGUAAUGCACAGUUAUCGGGUGAUCAGUUACAGGAGCGCGGAGGGUAGUAAACAGCCACCUCCAGCGCCCACGGUACCGCCGCCGCCUGCCGCGUCAGUGCCCGUCAAACCUAUCCUAAUGUGUUUCAUAUGCAAGCUCAGUUUUGGGUACGCGAAAAGUUUCGUCGCGCACGCCCAGGGCGAGCAUCAACUUACCCUAAUGGAAGACGAACGACAGAUACUCUCUCACUCGACGGCGUCGGCCAUUAUACAGGCCGUGGGUAGAGGAAAACAGCCGCUCGUCAGUUUUCUAGAACCUGUCACGAGCUCGACUUGCACCCAGGCGUCGCCCACGCAAAUACAAAGCUCACAACAGCAGCAGCAACAACAACGCAGCGAAUCCAACGAAUACGAGACAACGCCGACCACAACGAGCACACCGGCGAGCACACCCGGCGUACCUAGCAGUCCCCAGCAGCAACAGCAGCAGCAGCAGCAACAACAGCAGCAAUCGCAGCAGACGCAACAACGACCUUCGCCGAACACUCCCACGACGCCCACGUCACACUCGAGUCAUCCGCUCACGUACAAUCAUCAACAGCAGCAGCAGCAUCCGUGGACCGGCGCGCAAGUGAGUGCCGCGUCCUGGGCCAAAGCUCCAGACGCGAUGCAUUACAGCUCACCACCACCACCGACCUCGUCCACCAAAGGAUCUCCAUCUUCGUACGCUGCUCUCACUCAGGCACCACCGAACUUUCUCACUGGCACUACGAUAGGUGUCUGUCCAGAACACAUGCAAGGUAGACCGAGUGGGGUCGAGUGUACAAAAUGCGAAAUCAUAUUAGCGAGCAGCCGACUCGCCGGCCCUGGCGGGCCACUCGCUGGAAUACACAGUCGAAAUUCUUGCAAAACCUUGAAAUGUCCCAAGUGCAAUUGGCACUACAAGUACCAAGAGACUCUAGAAAUACACAUGAAGGAAAAACAUCCGGAGAGCGAGACAUCUUGUUAUUAUUGUAACGCAGGUCAGCCUCAUCCCAGGUUAGCACGCGGCGAAACGUAUACCUGUGGGUACAAACCGUACAGGUGCGAAGUGUGCAAUUAUUCCACCACGACGAAGGGUAAUCUCAGCAUACACAUGCAGAGCGACAAGCAUCUGAACAACAUGCAAGAACUGCAGCAGGGAAGCGGGGCUGGCUCCGGUACUAGCAAUCCCUCCUCGUCUCAGGACGCGCCAAUGCCGACGCGGAGUCCCCACCAUCAGCAGAAUCACAGUCCACACCGGGCCGUCCAGGGUGGCAAUCAGAGCAAACCGAAGCUCUCGUUUCGCUGCGACAUAUGCAACUACGAGACAAACGUCGCGCGUAAUCUGAGGAUACACAUGACGAGUGAGAAGCAUACGCACAACUCGAUGGUACUACACCAGAACCUCAAACACAUGCAAACAUUCGCGUUCUCCCAACAACAGGCGCAACACCAUCAUCAACAACAACAGCAGCAACAACUCGAGCAUUUGCUCCACUUAGGUGGCUUGGACAAACCGCAACCCACGGAAGCAGCGUUGGCCGACUUAGCUUACAAUCAAGCGGUCUUGAUGACAAUGAUGACCGGCGGUCAAAUGCCGCAGUUUCCGUCAGAACUCAUAGGCUCCAUAGCGAGCGCCGCCGCUAUGAGCAAUCUGAGCGGUGACGUUGGACUUUCGCCGGACAGCAUGGAGCCGCCACCGGAACCCGCGGAUAUGGAUCCUGACCAUCUGUAUCAGUGUUGCAUCUGCAACAAUUUCUCGACGGAUUCGCUCGAGGCUCUAAGCCAUCAUCUAGCCGUCGACAGAACGAGGACCCGCGAGGGCGACAUACUCGCAGUGGCGAACGCACACUUCGUCUGCAAGCUUUGUACCUAUAAAACCAACCUGAAGGCAAAUUUCCAGUUGCACUGUAAAACUGACAAGCAUUUGCAACGACUGCAACAUAUGAACCACGUGAAAGAGGGUGGUCCGCGUAACGAAUGGAAACUUAAAUAUUUGGCGUCGCCCACGAGCGCCGCGCAAUUGCGCUGCCACGCGUGCGAUUACUACACCAAUAGUGCUCAUAAAUUGGCCCUACACGCCGCCUUGCCGAGGCACGAAGCCGCGUCUCUUCUGCUCCGUCAUCUGCUUGAAGCGAGCAGUAACAUCCAAGCUCUCGGAAAACUGUAUCACUGCGUGAUAUGCGGAUUUACCUCCCGGCAGCGAUUGCCGCUUCUGCAACACGUGAGAUCUUUGCGGCACGUGCACAUGGAACAGAUACACCACCUGCAUAGGAGAAGCAGCAAUCUCUCGGGAAACGAAUCUCCGCACGCGGAUAUCACCGUCAUGUUUCAGGUGACGAGUGAUCCCGAUGUACAACGCGCGCAGUCCAGCCCGACCACACCGACGACACCCAACGCUACGAGCACCAAUAACGAACGACGAGAGGAAGGUAGCGACUGCGGUAGUGAAGUGAAACAAGAGCCGGACAAUGAUGCAGAACCGGAAGCCGAGGCCGAGAACGACCAAGAAGAAAUUACGUGCCUAUACUGUACGUAUCAGCCAACGUCGCGGGAAGAGUUACGACAGCAUUUGCAAGUGGCUCACGUUCAAGAUUCGGAGGAGAAAACUGAAACGGUAAAGGAAGAGCCGGCGACGGAAUUGUUAUGCCCGUUGUGCCAAGAUAAUUUCAAGGAACGUCCCGCUCUGGAAAAGCACGUGAUGCAAAUUCACUCCGUUAAUACCGAUGGUCUGCAGAGGCUACUAUUAUUAGUGGAUCAAAGUCAUUGGCUGAACAAUAAUCGGAGUUCCUCGAUGCCAGCUGUAACGACCGCAACGACGCCGACGUCACCCACGACAACGAUGAAGACCCACCAGGAAGAAGAGAUGAGUGAACGGGGUGAUAAUGACGAAUUAGAGUUAGCCAGGUGUAACAAGUGCGACCGUGUUUGGCGUUCUAUCGAAGAACUUCGGCAACACCAUUGUCGGGAGCCCCAUCCGACCACCGCGCCUACCUUGGCGGUUAGCGAAAAACAUGUUUAUAAGUAUCGGUGCGUACAGUGCAGUCUCGCGUUCAAAACUUUGGAGAAACUUCAGCAACACUCCCAAUAUCAUGCUAUUAGAGAUGCGACCAAGUGUGCCCUGUGCGGACGAUCUUUUCGCUCAGUUCAAGCGCUUCAGAGGCAUUUAGAAUCUGCCCACGAUCUUCAUGAGGAAGAGAUGGCCCAGUAUAAGCAGAGUUUGCUCCACUCGCAUCCCCUUCUUCAGGCAAUAACGGAAGAAGCGUUGAAGAGACAAGCCGGCCUGACAGGCGAGCUGCAUGUGGAAGAGGACGCUGGUAGAGGUGACGAGGAGGAAAGUGAUGCCAGUGAUUCAUCUCCAUUGCAGAAGGAACAACGGCUCCUAGAGGAUUAUUUAAAUAGCCAAACGAUUGCUGAGGAUUCCUAUCAAGAUCCAAGUCGAAAAUUCAAGUGUCAUCGAUGUAAGGUAGCCUUCACGCGUCAGAGUUAUCUGACUAGUCACAACAAGACUUUGUUGCAUCGCAAGGGUGAAAAAAUGUCUUACCCUAUGGAAAAGUAUUUAGAUCCUAACAGACCGUAUAAAUGCGAUGUUUGUAAAGAGAGCUUCACGCAGAAGAACAUCCUUCUAGUGCAUUACAACAGUGUAAGUCAUUUGCAUAAGUUGAAGCGGGCAAUGCAGGAGCAAGGUAACAACAACACAUUGAUUUCGGUAGUACCUCCCGCUAGCCCGACUGAAUCGCCCGAUUCCCAGCACGAUCAGGACAAGAAACCGUACAAGUGCAAUAUCUGUAAGGUCGCUUAUAGUCAGGGAAGCACUUUGGACAUCCAUAUGAGAAGUGUUCUUCAUCAAACGCGUGCCAGUAAACUGCAGGAUCUUGCAGCCAGUGGCCAGUUAGAUCUCGCUCGACCAUUGAUCGAACAACCACCACUAAGUCCGAAUAGUCCGCCCGUCAACACAAACACAAGCAAUGCAGGAGGGAUGGUUUCCUGUUCGCGUUGCAAUAGUCUCUUUGUCAACCAAGAUCAGCUAGCGGCACAUCAGCAGCUAUGCAAUAUUUUGAACAAUCCGGCAUUGGCGUUGUUUCAACAAUUUGCUGUAUCGCAACAAUUAGCUUCAUCUGCGCCCGCUAAGACGCCACCUCCUACAUCUACGACACCAGGGCCGCAACAACACUUACAAUCAGCUACGCAACACUCGCAAACCACGCAGGAUAUUCUUUCGCAGCCACGACAUAAGACCUCACAAAUGUACAAGCAUUUGUUGGAGAGUUUUGGCUUCGACCUCGUUAUGCAGUUCAAUGAAAAUCACCAAAGACGACAGCGCAAGGAAGAGGAAGCGGCCGCCGCCCUUCAAGCGCAGCAAGAACAACAGAAGCAGGAACAACAAAAGCAAGCUCUUGCUGCCAUACAGGAAGAAAAAGAGGAAGAGACCGAAGAAGCUCAUAUCGAUGACGAUGUGAUACCGGAACUUACGCGCAGCACCUGUCAGCACUGCAACAAAGCUUUCAGCAGCGUUUGGGUGUUGAAGGCUCAUUGUGAAGAGGUUCAUCGUGAUCUUGUACCGCGCGAAUUUCUUGAAAAAUACGCGCAACAGUUCAAGUGCGAAUAUGAGAAGAAAAGUGUUGUUGUGACCGUCGCGACGUCUUCGUCAACCACCACGGCGCCAAGAAGUUCCACGCCCGCCGCCGGACAACCUCAAGAUCUCAGUUCUGACAAAGAAUCUCGUGAAAAGGAGAAGGAAGAAAAUGCCGAGAGCAAAGAGUGUAUUAGCCGAACGCCCGAAGCUACAUCUACUACUCCAGCGACCACUCCAGCGUUAAGCAAUACGCCAGUUUCAAGUACAGAUUCCACGACGCCGACUGUGCUAUCUACCAACCCGCAACAUCAUAUUUCACAACAGUCGCAACAGCAGCAGCAGCAGCAGCAGCAACAACAACAGCAGCAGCAGCAGCAGCAACUACAGCAGCAGCAGCAGCAGCAACAACAGCAACAACAGCAGGCUCAACUUUCGUUUGCGCAACAGAUGACUGAAAUGCAGGCUGCUCUAAAUGCUGCAAUGGCUGCGUCGCAAUUGCAGCAACAGUUGCAACAAUACCCAGGAUUGAUGAUGGGGAUGAUGGGGUUGCCACUGGGGCUGAACGUACCCGCAUUAGCUGCUAUGAACUUGCAACCACCUCUUGUGCCAAUGAUGCUGCCGCCACCACCGUAUGAUGGUGCCGCUACUGGAUAUCCAUCGAUUAAUCAAGCAGAUCUUCUUGCCAAGCAGCACCUCGCUCUCCAACAGCAGCAAGCAGCAGCAGCGGCGAAUGCAGCUGCAUCACAGAAACGAGCGCGUACGCGUAUAACUGAUGAACAACUAAAGAUACUACGAGCACAUUUUGAUAUUAAUAAUUCUCCUGGUGAAGAACAAAUUUUAGAUAUGGCCAGCCAAAGCGGUCUGCCGCCCAAAGUCAUAAAACAUUGGUUCCGAAAUACGUUAUUCAAAGAACGGCAGCGUAACAAAGACAGUCCGUACAAUUUCAAUAAUCCGCCAAGUACCACUCUAAAUCUCGAAGAAUAUGAGAAAACCGGCGAGGCAAAAGUAACACCGUUAAAUUCAAGCGUGUCCGGUAGCAGUUCCUCGGACGACAAAAGUCCAAACAAACAAGCCACGCCUCCACCGUCUAUGCAAAACACCAGCGCAUCUCAAGCUUCCGAGAUUAAACAGGAGACACUCGAGCAGUCGCAAUGUCAACAGCAGCAACAAGCUGUGCAACAUCAAGAAGAGCAGCAUCACUCGCCCGGUAGCUCGGGUGGGCAACAAUCGCGACCGCAUUCACCCGCGCUCAGUAUGAGUUCUGUAUUUUCGGCCAUUCAUCAUGAUAUUACUUCCCACACCUCUGCUACAAACACCCCGAGUACUCCGAUGUUACCGCCGAAAUUAGCUGCCCAGAACUUUGCCAAUCCCAGUCCGGGAGCCGGUGGUGUAGUGACGAGCGCGAUUGCCGCGAUGGCGCUCACACCACAGAGAUCUCUGAGCCCGGGUCGCGGACCGACUGACUAUUUUGGUGGUAACAGUAACGGCAGUAACACCUCCGGCGGUAGCUCUGGCAAACGUGCCAAUCGCACGAGAUUCACCGAUUACCAAAUAAAAGUUCUACAGGAAUUUUUCGAGAACAACGCGUAUCCGAAGGAUGACGACUUAGAGUAUCUUAGCAAACUUCUCGGUUUAAGCCCGCGCGUGAUUGUAGUGUGGUUUCAGAAUGCUAGACAGAAAGCACGUAAGGUCUAUGAAAAUCAACCUGCCGCGGAACCCGUGGCGACAGGUGGACGCGAAAACGACGAUGGGUCCGGUAGAUUUCAGAGAACACCAGGCUUGAAUUACCAAUGUAAAAAGUGCCUGCUAGUAUUUCAAAGAUAUUACGAGCUUAUACGUCAUCAGAAGACCCAUUGUUUCAAAGAGGAGGAUGCCAAGAGAAGUGCACAAGCACAGGCUGCGGCAGCUCAAGUCGCUGCGGUUCUCAGUUCCGAAGACAGCAACAGCAGUUCUACAACGACUACAAACAAUACGGUAGCUAACAAUAUGUCAACUACGCCCGCGCUUACCGAACAGUUGCAACAACCAUUGAGCACCGCCACGUCUCCUCAUCAACAGCAAACGCUAUCUCAGACACACCAACAAUCACAACAACAACAGCAGCAGCAGCAGCAGCAACAACAACAACAGCAGCAGCAGCAGCAGCAGCAGCAGCAGCAGCAGUCGCAAACUGAGUCGAAAGAAGGCAGUUUUCAAUGCGACAAAUGCAACCUGAUGUUCGGUCGAUUCGAACUUUGGCGCGAGCAUCAGCUAAUACAUAUCAUGAACCCGACUUUAUUCCCUUCUGCGUACCCGCCUGACUCACCUUUCGGGAUUUUGCAACAACAAGCAAUUAAUGCCAACCAAAGCUCUGCAGUUGCAUCGGAUAGUCAACAUUCGCUUAUCAGCAUGAUACAGAAGAGGAAGUUUGAGGAUUCCGAGGAGGGAACGGGCAGCGACAAUCGCUCGAAUUCAGAACACAACGAGCAACCCAAGGAUAAACGUUUACGAACCACAAUACUUCCAGAACAGUUAGAUUACCUUUAUCAAAAAUACCAGAUCGAAUCUAAUCCAUCGAGAAAGAUGCUGGAGACGAUCGCUCGUGAGGUCGGUUUGAAGAAGCGUGUAGUACAGGUGUGGUUCCAAAAUACGCGCGCCCGCGAGCGUAAGGGUCAAUUCCGCGCCCACAGCCAAGUUAUUAACAAGCGCUGCCCAUUCUGUCCGGCGCUAUUCAAAGUCAAAUCUGCUUUAGAAUCUCACCUUAGCAGCAAACACGCCGACCAAGUGGCUCGCGGUGAGGUGAAUAUCGACAACAUCCCGGACGAAGAGCUCUCGAUGGAAUCCGUUCCUUCCAAUUCUAGCACUCCUCACAUGAUGCCACCGUUGUUUCCGCCUCUAAACAGCGAAAUGGAGGUGUCUUUGAAAUCGUUAAAAUACUAUGAGGACAUGAAGCGAUACUUCAGCGAGUUACAGGCGCACGCCAGUAACGGAAAACAGGAGACGGCAAAUCAUCAGGCCGGAGGAAAUAGCGGCGAGUCACCGUUGGAUCUGAGCAAACCUGUUGACCUCAGCCGACCGAUGAAAUUGUGUUUAAGCAAUUUCAGUAGUCUUCUCGAGGAACAACACGGCGCCCACUUCCGCGGCGGCAGCGAUUGUGGACCUCUGACUGACUUAUCCGAACGCAGCGUAUGCGAUGACGACAGCAUGAGCGAGACUACAGAGUUUUUGGAUGAUGAAAGCGGACCGGCAAGUCCAGCGUCAAGCACACAGAGCUCAAGACAAGGACCCGCCAGCGGAAAUACCGGGAAUGCGUCCGGCCCGACAGCAACCGGUGGACAAUCCGGCGGCAAUACCGGCCAAUCCGGCGGCAAGCGAUAUCGCACACAGAUGUCGACUACUCAGGUGAAGGUGAUGAAGUCGCUCUUCUCGGACUACAAAACACCGACGAUGGCCGAAUGCGAGAUGCUUGGCCGAGAGAUCGGCCUUCCAAAACGGGUGGUCCAGGUGUGGUUCCAGAACGCCCGAGCUAAGGAGAAGAAGGCUAGAUUAGCGGCUGGCUUGCCGGCCGAAGGCUCAGCCGUUCAACCACAUCGUGGCCCGACCGGACCAGACGAGUGCAGACUGUGCUCUGUACGCUACUCGGCCAAAACGCCGCUACAGGAGCACGUCUUUUCGCGGCGGCAUAUCGAGUCGGUGCGCGUCGCUGUCGAGGAAGGCAGUCUCGUGCCGCCGACUCCCGGAGCGCCCAUCGUGCCCAGCGGUAGCGGUGCCACCGGCGUGCCUGGUAUUGGUAAUUCGCCGGUGAUCACCACAGCCAGUCAACAAGUCAACCAGCAGCAACAACAGCAAUCGGAUGAAAAUAUGAUGUACGGAUCGGUAUUCCUUCACCCCACGGCAAUGUUCCAGUCACAGCAGCAACAGCAGCAGCAACAUCCCGCCGCUACUACGGCCAGCGCAGCUAGUACUACGGCCGUAGCGGCUGCGGGCUUGAGCGGCGGUCUACUCGGGAGCAUUAUGAUGCCGCUGAACGUGGAGGGUGGUGCACAGGUGCAGGUGCCGCGGGCCCUGAUGCAAGCGUUCCUGCAGCAAGAUCCGAAUCAUCCGGGGCUGGAGACGGUCCGUUUGCCGGCUCCGCCGUGCGGCGCCGACGAGAACGGGCCGCCCCAACACUGUCGCGAGGUGGAGACCGAACUGUGCCUCGUCUGUCGUCGUUGCGGCCGCGCGUAUCCGCAGGAGUCGUUGCUGCUGGCGCACCAGCGGUCCUGCUACCUGGGCAAUCAGCAGCGUCGCGGUGCUCUGCGCCUCGUGCAGGCGCGUUACGCCUGCUCGUUGUGCGAGCCUGGCGUAUCGACGCGCACCUACGCCACCGUGAACGAGUGGCGUCGUCAUGCCGAGACGCUGCAGCACCGAGCGCGUCUCGAGGCUGCCCAAGAGCGUCAGCAACAGCAGCAGCAGCAGCAACAGCAGCAGCAGCAACAAUAUGACGGUGGCGCACAAUCCGGCGAGGAAACGAAUCCGCUUACCGACGAGAUGGAGGACGUCGUCAAUCAGAUCACCCUAUUGGCCGCUCGCGCGGCCGCCGAGAGCACGACUGGUCAGUCACAGGUCAGUGAUAGGGCAGGUAGUCAGGACAACAACAAUGGACCCGAUCCCAAACGGCAGAAGCUGGUGCAAGAAGUCACCGCCCUCGCAGGUGCACGUUAAACGACACCGACGAGCUCGGGGGGAUUGGUCUACCAUCUCUCUCAAAGACGGGAAAGUUGCGCGUUGAAAAUGGCACCAAAUAACAAUAGAAAGGGACUGCAAGAGAAAGACGUAAUGCGAAAAUAGGCGGAAGAGGGAGAGACGAAAACCUAUGGACGUCGCUUGGAGGAGGUCGGACUCGAGGACGUCGCAGUGAACGAGCCAAUGUUCCUAACCGGCGAUCAACGGGCAGGCACGGGUGUCCAUUUCGGUGGGGCACCCCGUCGGGGGCAUUUGCCCCGUGGCGGUAGGAGAGGGGGCAGGAAAGGGAGGCACAUUACUCAGGCACGAACGGCGGACGGUCAUUGGUUUUCUCUCUUAAUUUCGUCGUUUAUGCACCGCCAGCACAACCACCCUCCACCGCUUCCCUGCCCCCUGGCCCCGCGCCCCCGAUUCGCCUAUUAUUUUUGUAACGCGAAUCCCGCGCAGCGCGCGCCGUGAAGAUGCGCGCUCUCCAAAGUUCCUCUCGUAGCACGAAAAAAAAAGAAAAAGAUUAAUAAUAAAAAAAAAGGAAAGAUGGUAAAAGGAUAGAGAGACUCGACGAAGGCGAGCUAGCCUGGUGGAAUCGACUGGAGAGCGAUCGAACGAGCGCGAUCGAGAAAUCCUCCUUGCUGGUUCAAUCCAACAACCGGUCGACCGAUCGGUCGGUCGGUCGGUCGGUCGGUCGAUCGGUCGAUCGGUCGGUCGGUCGGUCGGUCGGUCGGUCGGUCGGUCGGUCGAUCAGUCAGCGGCUCGAUCGGAUCGAGCCGAUCUUGGGUGCACGUCUCGGGACGAUGUGCGCGGUACGUUUCCAGGAGAGGAUAGUACGGCAAGUUCCGGAGGGAAAGUGCGUCGUGCGACGCGGAACGACGCGCGUCGAGGUGGGUUAACUUAAACGUUCCUAUGUAAAGUAAUAAUAAAGAUUUAAAGCAGAGUUACUAAGAAAAAAGAAAAAAGAAGCAGGAAGAUACAAGCGGACGCUAUUAGGCGCGGCGUAGUAGGGUAGAUGGUGCGCGGCGCGCGAAACUAAAAACGCCGCCAUCGUUACGAAUACGUACGUACAUAUUCAUAUAUAUAUAUAUACAUACAUCUAUAUAUAUAUACACAUAUACAUAAAUAUAUAUAUAUAUAUAUAGAUAUCUGACUGUCUCUAUCACUCUCUUUCUCGUUUUGACGCGCGUGUGCACGUGGUUUUCCAUGGACCUGCGUGUAUGUGGACCUGCGUGCGUGCUGGUGUGUAUGCGUGCGUGCAUGCGUGCGUGCAUGCGUGCGUGCGUGCGUGCGUGUGUAUGUAUGUGUGUCGCGAAUCGUUCAGCGGUUUCGACGGCGAUCGUGGAAAGGGUAAUAGAGGGACGCUUUUCGGGAAAAGCGACAAAAGAAUGGAGGAAAAUUCAAGAAGCACUUUGACACACACGUACACACACGUACACAUACGCACACACACACACACACACACACAAACGAUACUCUUUCUCUGCCAUUUUCUCUGUCAUUCACACAUAUUCACAUACGUACACACGUAAAACACACACACACACACAUUGACACGUGACAGACGCGCACUGUACACACACGUACACACGGGCUUGGCACAUACGUUUUUUUUCAUGUUCUUUAUUUUCCGCAAUUUGAUAAGAAAGGAAAGGCGUAAUAAGAUAGCAGACGGAAGGGAAAACGACGGUGUGUAUAAGGCGGCAUAAUAAACCCCCGGUGUGCCCGUCAUCGACACGAUUCGCGUGCACGAGCAAGUAAGACCCAGAAACAUGGUUCCUAUAUUUAAUAAAUUAUAUUUAUUAACGCUAAACAAAUGAUUAGUAACAACGUUAAUGAUAAUAAUAAUAUUAAUAAUAAUAAGAGUAAUAAAAUAAUAAUGAAACUAGUAAUAAUAAUGAUAGUAAUAACGAUAGGGAUUAGAGAGCUGUCGGUAGCUGUAACGAUUAUCGCUAAGCAACGCUCGAUGAUCGAACAACCGAUUGACACACAUCGACGCUCGGGACGGGGGAUACUAGGAGGGAUACUAUGACUCGGUACCAUUGAAGGGAUAGAAUCUUUUACUUCUAUCCCCUCCGACCUUUCUCUCCCUCUUUUCCACAGUCUCGCGCGAGCAAAUGAAAAAUCGAACGGUUAAACCUCGGGCAAGCAAAUUCGCGUCGUAUACGCGCGUGCAGCGCAGCAAGCGAAAAAUACGGGCUCUACGCACGCUAUUUCGAUCACGGGCAGAUAAUCGGCCAAAUACAUGAGCGGAAUCGAGUACAAAAUACCGAACGCCGGGAGACACCGCAAUAAUCAGCCCCCGUGCAAUCCGGGAUUUUUAAAUAGAGCAAAGUGAAUUUUAAAUUUAGACACGACGGUUAGGGACGGACAUUUCAUUUCGGAAAUCACCCCCCGCGCGCACUUAGGCGAGAAUAUUUUAAAGAUACAAACGCCCCGGAUCACAGGUUGGAAAAGGGGGAGGAGGGAGAGAAUCGCGCCGUUUUCAACAGCAACGGGAGGGGAGUGGUAUAAAAUCGAGAAUGACAAAGAAUUCACUACUAGCUAUAAGUUACGGAUAAAUUACGAUUAAAC